AUGCAAUUAGAAAUACCAAAGAAAGACGAAUUAGACUCUGGAAUUAUUUCUAUCCUCGACGUAGACUACCAAGACAUUCCAAAGGAAUAUGUAGAAGAAGAAACUGCAGUGUAUCCAUUGAAACCCGAAGAUUAUGCAAAGGAAGAUUUACAAUCAACAGAAUGGAUCACAUUCACUCAAAGCUUAGAAGACGAUUGGGAACGAUUAGAAGUGAUCUUAAAUAAGGCAAAAGAAAGAUGGAUGCAACAAACAAAUAAAGAAUGGUCUAGCUGGAUUCACUUAAUUGAAGAUAAAUGGUCAAUAUAUAGUUUGAGAAAACGAGAUUGGAGCGACGAGAAAUGGAAAAAAUGGUUUAGAACAGAAGUAAAAUCCCAAAUUGAUUCAGAAGUGAAAAAAUGGAUGAACGACACUAAUAACAAUUUAUUUAAAAUUCUUGCGAAAGAUAUGUUGCAAUUUCAAAACAAGAAAAUCAAAGAAUGGUUAAUGUAUCACUGGAAAAACAACGAAGGGGGUUCCGUACCGUUUGGACUUAUGACAACAUCAAAAAUUUUAAAAUUGAUUAAGUCUAAAGAAUGGUACCGUACCAAUCCUAUUAUAAAUAUGCAAAGAAGAGAACUUAUGAAAUGGUUCAUCCUUAAAGAAAACGAAUAUUUAAAACGAGAAUGGAGAAACUGGACUUAUUGGAAAAAAGUUAAAUUUUUUGUGAUUAAUUCAAUAUGCACAACACUUUCUAGAAAACGCCUAACCGAGGAAGAAUGGAAUCAAUUUAUUAAUGAUAUAAAAGUUUGA